CUCCGGGGCCCGCGCGCCGAGGCCAGUAGUUCCGUGUGGCACUGUUUGUGGCGAGGCAAGGGAAGAAGGAGAGAAGAAAACUGCACAGGAUCUGUGGAGUUUUCCAGAUUUCCCCCGCCUGUCUGAGCACCUUGGUGAAGGAAAUGAUGGACUUUUGGGAGAAACCUUAGAAUCCUACAGGUCUUCCCAUAGGCCUACAGUAGGGCUGGAAGCCAGGGAAAGGGGGAGACUGGCCUGGAACCAUGAAGGUUGGUGUGAAGAUCGGCCUGCAGGUCUGCUGUAGGGCUUGAGAUUACUGGAAGCAAAGAAACAAGGAGGAAAUUGCCCCUGAUCAGUAUAGCCUGGUCCACAGAUCUCAUGAGUUAAUAGAUCUACUUUAGGGUAUAUCACCAAUCAAGAGAAGGAAAGAGGAGGGAACUGCCUUGAUCAUUACAGGUCCACCUCCAGUGGCAGCUGUAGUGGCCUUUAAGUGGCUGAAGACCAGCGCCCUCACAGGCCUACACCCAGACCUACUACCCUCUUUCCCCAUCCUGAUUGAGCCCCCUGUACCUUGUUCGUGCCUUCAGUAGGGCUGAUUACAUGGGUCGAGUUCAGGAAGUGGGCUGGGUGACUGCAGGACUGGUGGUUUGGGCUGGUACCUGCUACUACCUUUACAGAUUAACCAAGGGAAGAGCGCAGAGUGUGAGGACACUUGCCAAAAAUGGGUCCAGAGUCAAGAUGGGGACUGUGGUUGGGGUACAGAACCAGACCUUGGCCACGGCUGAAGCCAUGGCUGGGACAGAGACUGAGACUAGACCCAAGGCCACAUCUGGAGCAGAAGCUGAAGCAGGAGGUAGGGCUGGGGCUGAAGUAGAGAUUACCACCACUGCUAAAGCCAGACCCAAAGCCAGCUCUCAGGCCAUGACAAUGGCUGAGGCGGAGGCAGCGAUACAAUCUGAGGCCAAAACAGUGGCCAGAACAGUGGGCACGACAGAAGCAGUGACUGUGACCGAGGCCCAGGUCAAAGCCGGGGAAGUGGCUAUGAAAGAGGCUGUGACCCAAACUGACUCUGAGGCUGGGAGAGUAGUCAAGAAAGAAGCUGUGACCCAGACCAAGGUUAAAAUUUGGGCGCUGGCUGCCAGGGCAGAGACCAAGAAAGAAGUAAUGACCCAGACCAAAGUGGAAGCUCGUAUACUGGCUGAAAAAGAGAUGAAAAGAAUAAUGGUGACACAGAGUGAGGCCUUAGGAGUGAUCAGGGAAGUGGCCAAGAUCAGUGCCAUAAGUAAGACCGGAACCGUGGCUGAGACCAAGGCAAGAGCCCUGGAAGAGAUUGUGAGUGUGGCCAAGACUCAGUCUGAGGCCAGGCCUGGUAACACAGUUGAUGCUAAGGGAAAUCCUAAUACCGUGUCCAGGGCAGAAGUUGGAGUGGACAUGAGGUCUUGUGUACCAUCUCAGGCUGUGACCAAGAUCCAGGUUGACACCAUGCCUGGUGCUGGGGUUGAGGUCAAGGGGAAUCACAAAACCAUGUCUCGGGCAGAGUCUAGGGCAGACAUGAGGGCUCCUGCCCAGCCUCAGAUUAUAGCCAAGACCCAGGCUGAGGCUAUGCUUGGGGCAAAGGUUGAUGCUGGGGGUAAUACAAAUGCCAUGUGUAAGGCAGGGACAGGGGCAGAUAUGAGAGUUUCUACACAGCCUCAGACUGUGGCCAAGAAACAGGCCGAGACAAUGUUUGGUGCUGGGGUUGAUGACAGGGGAAAUGCUGACGUUACAUCUAAGGCAGUGGCUGGAGCUGACGUGAAGGUUGCUGCUCAACUUCAAGCUGCAGCCAGUGCUCAGGCUGAGGCUAUGCUUGAUGUCAAGGUUAAAGGAAGAGGCAAUUCCAAUGCUAUGUCUAAAACAGGGGCCAGGGCAAACUUGAGGGCCAAUUCCCAGGCUGAGGCCUUGCCUGAUGCCAGGGUUAAGACCAGAGACAAUCCCAAUGCCAUGUCUAAGAUGGGGGCUGGGACAGAUAUGGAGCUCUAUAUGCAGCCUCAGCUUGUGGCCAAUGUCCAGGUUGAUGCCUUGCCUGAUGGUAGGAUGAAGGCUAAAGGCAAUGCCAACACCAUAUCUAAGGAAGGGGCUGGGACAGACACAAAGGCACAGUCUCAGGCUUCCACCAAGAGCCAGGUUGAGACCUUACCUGGUACUAGAGGUAAGACUAGGGGAAAAGGCAAAAGUAAGCAUAAAGCAGGGGUCGGGAUAGAAAUGAAAACCUGUGCGCAGCCUCAGGUUGGGGCCAAGACCCACGAUGAUGCUUUACCUGAUUCCAGGGUUGAUGGCAGGGGUGAUCCUAAUGCCAUUUUUAGGUCAGGGGCUAAGGCGGAACUGAGGGCCUGUGGUCAGCCCCAGACUGAGGCCAGUUCCCAGGGUGAGGCUUUGCCUGGUACUAAGAAUAAGGUCAGAGGCAAUCCCAUUGCUGUGUCUAAGGCAGGGACUGGGCCAGAUAUACUGGGCUCUGCCCAGCUCCAGGCUGUGGCCAAUUCCCAGGGUGAAGCCUUGUCUGGUAAUAAGAGCAAGGUCAGGGGCAAUCCCAAUGCUGUGUCUAAGGCAGGGACUGGGCCAGAUACUAUGUGUUCUGCCCAGGGUGAAACAGAUACAACAGGCUCUGCCCAGCCCCAGGCUGUGGCCAGUUCCCAGGGUGAAGCCUUGCCUGGUACUAAGAACAGGGUCAGGGGCAAUUCCAAUGCUGUGUCUAAGACAGGGACUGGGCCAAGUACAAUAGGCUCUGCUCAGCCUGAAGCUGUGUCUAAUUCCCAAGGUGAAACCUUGCCUGGUACUAAGAAUAAGGUCAGAGGCAAGUCCAAUGCCAUGUCUAAGACAGGGGAUGGGCCAGAUACAUUGGGCUCUGCCCAGCUCCAGGCUGUGGCCAAUGCCCAGGGUGAAGUUUUGCCUGGGACUAAGAAGAAGAUCAGGGGUAAUCCCAGUGCUGUGUCUAAGGCAGAGGCCAGAGCAGAUACAAUGGGCUCUGCCCAGCCUCAAACAGACACAACAGGCUCUGCCCAGCCCCUGGCUGUGGCCAAUUCCCAAGGUGAAACCUUGCCUAGUAUCAAGAAUAAGUUUAGGGGCAAGUCCAAUGCUAUGUCUAAGACAGGGGCUGGGCUAGAUACAGUGGGCUCUGCCCAGCCCCAGGCUGUGGCCAAUUCCCAGGGUGAAGUCUUGUCUGGUACUAAGAACAAGGUCAGGGGCAAUCCCAGUGCCGUGUCUGAGGCAGAGGCCUGGGCAGAUGCAAUGGGCUCUGCCCAACCUCAAACAGAUACAGCAGGCUCUGCCCAGGCCCUGGCUGUGGCCAAUUCCCAGGGUGAAGCCUUGCCUAGUAUCAAGAAUAAGGUUGGGGGCAAGUCCAGUGCUGUGUCUAAGAUAGGGGCUGGGCUAGAUACAGUGAACUCUGCCCAGCCUCAGGUUGUGGCCAGUUCCCGAGGGGAAGUCUUGCCUGGGACUAAGAACAAGGUCAGGGGAAAUUCCAAUGCUGUGUCUAAGACAGGAACUGGGCCAGAUACCGUGGGCUCUGCCCAGCUCCAGGCUGUGGCUAAUUCCCAGGGUGAGGCCUUGCCUGGUGUCAAGAAAAAGGUCAAGGGCAACCCCAGUGCUUUGUCUAAAGCAGGGACUGGGCCAGUUACAGUGGGCUCUGCCCAGCUCCAGGCUGUGGCCAAUUCCCAGUGUGAAGCCUUGCCUGGUGUGAAAAAUAAGGUCAGCAGCAAUCCCAAUGCUGUGUCUAAGGUAGAGGCCAGAGCAGAUAUAACAAGCUUUGCCCAGCUUCAGGCUGAGUCUAAGUCCCAGGGUGAAGCCUUGCCUGGUGCCAGGAGUAAGGUCCGAUGUAAUCUUAGUGCUGUGUCUAAAGCAGACACUGGGCCAGACACAAUGCGCUCUACCCAGCCGCAAACUGUGACCAAUUCCCAGGGUGAAGCCUUGCCUAGUGUCAAGAAUAAGGUCAGGGGCAAUCCCAAUGCUGUGUGUAAGAUAGAGGCCAGGGCAGGUGCAGUGGGCUCUGCCCAGCCUCGAGCAGAUAAAACAGGCUCUGCCCAGCUCCAAGCUGUGACCAAUUCCCAGGGUGAAGCCUUGUCUGGUACUAAGAGUAAGGUCAGAAGCAAUUCCAAUGCUGUAUCUGAGGCAGAGGCCAGGGCAGAUAUAACAGGCUCUGCCUGGCCUCAGGCAGUGGCCACUUCCCAGGGUAAAGUUUUGCCUGGUACUAAGAAUGUCAGGGGCAAUCCCAAUGCUGUGUCAAAGGCAGAGUUUGGGGCAGAUACAAUGGGCUCUGCCCAGCCUCAAACAGAAACAACAGGCUCUGCCCAACUGCUGGCUGUGGCCAGUUCCCAGGGUGAAGUCUUAGCUGGUACUAAGAAUAAGGUCCGGGGCAAUCUCAGUGCUGUGUCUAAAGCAGGGAUUGGGCCAGAUUCGGUGGGUUCUGCCCAGCCCCAGGCUAUAGUCAAUUCCCAGGGUGAAGCCUUGCCUAGUGUCAAGAAUAAGGUCAGAGGCAAUCCCAAUGCUGUGUCUAAGGUAGAGGCCAGAGCAGAUACAGCAAGUUUUGCCCAACCUCAGGCUGUGUCUUAUUCCCAAGGUGAGACCCUGUCUGGUGCCAGGAGUAAGGUCCAGGGCAAUCCCACUGCUAUGUCUAAGGCAGGCACUGGGCCAGAUAUAAUGUGUUCAGCUCAGCCUCAAACAGAUAUAACAGGCACUGCCCAGCCCCAAGCCAUGUCUAAUUCCCAAAGUGAAAUCUUGCUUGGUGCCAGAAAUAAGGUCAGGGACAAUCUCGAUGUGGUAUUUAAGGCAGGGGCUGGGCAAGAUAAAAUAGGCUCUCUUUCACCAAAGGCCGUGGCCAUUUCUCAGGGCGAGGCCCUCCUUGGUGCCAGAAGUAAGGUCAGGGGAAAUACCAAUGCUGAGUCUAAGGUAGAGGUUGGGGCACAUAUGAUGGGUUCUGGUCAGCCUCAGUCUGCAGCCCAUUCCCAGAGUAAGAUCUUGUCUGGGACAAAGGACAAGGCUAUACCCAAGCCUGAGGCAGAUGAGGGCUAUGCAAAGCCCAAGGCUGAGGCCACACCCACUGUUGAGAGUGGGGGUGGGACAGGCACUCAGGCCUGCAGAAAGACUCGGCCUAGGGUCCAUGACUACUACUGGAAUGGGAUUGGUAUUCAGGAUUGGAUUGCUUCUGAGCGAUGGAUCAAAUUUAGGUUUCAGGCCAGGGAUGGAUACUGGGAGAAUAGCAUGUCCUGGGCUGAUGAUGAGAAUGAAGCCAGUAUUGAGUCCUGGAGUGGGGCUAGUGAUAAGUCUGAUAUUAGAUCCUGGGCUGGGGCUAAGGCUGAGAAUGAAGUUGGUUUUCCAUCCUGGGCUACAGCCGGGGACCAGGCCUGUGGGGGGCUCUGGGUUGGGAGUCAGGCCAGUGGGGGUUCUUUGUCAGAGGCCGGGGACAUGGCCAUUGGAGCAUCUGGAAUUGGGGCUGAGAACCAGACCAGUGGGGUGUCUUGGGCUAGCACUGGGAACCAGGCUACUGGGGAGCCCUGGGCUGGAGGUCAGGCCAGUGGCGUGUCCUGGGCUGGGGAAGAUGCCAUUGGAGGGUCCUGGAUGGGAGCUGAGGAACAAGACAGUGGAAGGUCCCGGGAUGGGGCUGGGAUUCAGGCUAAUGGAGGGUCCUGGGCUGAAGCUGGAGCUGGGAAUGUGGCUAGUAUUGGGCACUGGCCUGGGGAUAUGGACCAGGCUAGUGGAGGGUACUGGGUUGGGACUGGUGACCUGUCUGGUGGAUCCAAGCCUAGAUUUGAGGAUCAGGCCAGUGAAGAUAUGUCCUGGGCUGACACAGCCGACCAAGCCAGUGGAGGGUCCAGGCUGAGGUCUGUGGACCAGUCUGGUGGUGAAUCCUGGGCUAGGGCUGGGGAACGGGCCAACAAAGGUUCUAGGCCAAGGUUUGUGGACCAGUCCAGUGUUGGGUCCUGGGCUAAUACUGGGAAUCAGGCCAGUGGAGGAUUCUUGGUUGGGACUAUGGACCGGGCCAGUGGGAGGUCCUGGUCUGGGACUGGUGAUCAGUCUGGUGAGUCCAAGCCUGGAUUUGAGGAUUUGGCAAAUGUAGAAGUGUCUUUGGCUAGGGUUGGUGGCCAGGCUGGUAGAGGGCCUAGGUUGGGGCCUGAGGACCAGUCCAGUGGAAGGUCCUGGGCUGACUCUGGGGACCAAGCCAGUGGAGGGUUCUUGGUUGGGGCUGUGGACCAGGCCAAUGGAGGGACCUGGGCUGUACCUGGGGAUCAGGCUGGUGGUGGGACAAAGCCUAGAUCUGAAGAGCAGGCAAGUGGAAGAGGGUCUUGGGCUGAUAAUGGGGGCCAGGCUGGUGGAGGGUCUAGGCUGGGUCCCAAGGACCAGUCCAUUGGAGAUUCCUGGGCUGGCACUGGAGACCAGUCCAGUGAAGAACGUAGGCCAGGGCCUGAGGAUCAGUCCAAUGGAUGGUUCUGUGCUUGCAGUGGGAGUCAGGCUAAUGCAAGUGGGUCCUGGGGUGGGGCUGGUGGCCAGGUUAUAGGAGGAUCUAGACUAGGACCCACGAUCCCAUCCAGUGGUGGGUCCUGGGCUGAUGCUGGAAGUCAAGUCAGUGGAAGGUCUUGGGCUGGGACUGGAGAUCAGGCUAGUAGCUGUCCCAAACCUGGAUUUGAGGAUCAAGCCAAUGGAGGAGGGUUCUGUUCUAGUGCUGAGGACCAGGCUGUUGGAGGGUCCAAUCCAGGGCCUGCAAACCAGUCCAGUGGUGGGUCCAGGCCUGGCACUGGGAGUCAGGCCAGUGGAAGGUCCUGGGCUGGGGCUGGGGGUCAGGCUGAUAGUGGUUCCAAACCUGGAUUUGAGGACCCAGCAGGUAGAGAAGGCUCCCAGCCUGGCACUGGGGAUCAGGCUAGUGGAAAAUCUUGGGCUGGGUCUAGGCCUGGUAAUGAAGCCAGUAGAGGGUCCAGGCUGGGGCCCAAGGACCAGGCAAGUGGAGGGCCCUGGGCUACGGCUGGUGACCAGGCCAGUGGAAGACCCCAGAUCAGUGCUGAGAUGGAGGCCAGUGAAAGAUCCUGGUUUGGGACUGGGGGUGAGACUAGUACAGGGUGCUGCUUCAGGAGAGGGGAAGAGGCUGGUAUUGUAUCCAAACCCGGAGGUAAAAAUGAGGCCAGUAUUGAAUCCAGAUCAGGGGCUAAAGAGGAGGCCGCCAUUAGUUCCAGAUCUGGGGCUGAAGAUAAGGCCAAUAUUGGGUCCUGGAUCAGAUCUGAAGAGGCAGACUGUAUGGAUUCCUGUAUGGGGGCUGAGGCUGGGGCUGGGGCAGAGGUCAGGAAGGAGUCUUGGCUUUGGGAUGGAGAUGCAGCCACUACAGGGUCUAGGCUUGGGGCUGAGGAAGAGGUUUGCAUGGGGUCAUGGACCUGGGCUGAGGAUGUAGAUGAGGAUGAGCUAAGUAGAGCAUCUAGCCCUGAUAUUGAGGAGAUCAGUUUAAGGUCCUUGUUUUGGGCCGACAGUGAGAAGAGUAAUGAGUUCAGAUCCGAGAGGGAGAGAAAUGUCAAUUUUGAGUGUGGAGCUGGAGAUAAGGCCAGCGCCAAGGAUAACUUUGAGGCACCAACUGCCGGUGGAGUUGAUGAAAGGUCUUGGUUCUGGGAUGGUAAUGAAAACACAAGUGAGGACAAAUCUGCACCUAAGACUAAAGCCAAAAAGUCAGCUGAGUCAAGAGGCACAUAUCCAUCCAUGGUCCCUGGGGCAGGAAUGGGGUCAUGGGCAGGAGCCAUGAUCUGGACGGAAAUGAAAUUUCCAUACCAAAAUAAGUCCUGCUUCCCACCUGAAGAUGAGCUAAGAAAGCAGAUCAGGGAUGAGGAGAAAACUCAGCCCUGGACCUGUCGCUGUAAACGUGAAGCUAAUAUGGAUCCACGAGAGCUUGAAAAACUCAUUUGCAUGAUUGAGAUGACUGAAGAUCCUUCUAUUCAUGAAAUAGCCAAUAAUGCCCUUUAUAACAGUCCCGAUUAUCCGUUUUCCCAUGAAGUCAUUCGAAAUGCAGGUAGAAUCUCAAUUAUUGAAAGUUUGCUCAAUAAUCCCUAUCCCAGUGUUAGGCAGAAGGCUUUAAAUGCACUGAAUAACAUCUCAGUGGCUGCUGAAAAUCAUAGGAAGGUGAAAACAUACUUAAACCAAGUAUGUGAAGACACAGUCACCUAUCCCUUGAAUUCAAAUGUCCAGCUAGCUGGACUAAGACUGAUAAAGCACUUGACUAUUAUUAGUGAAUAUCAGCAUAUGGUUACAAAUUAUAUUUCAGAAUUUCUUCGUUUGUUAACUGUGGGAAGUGGAGAAACAAAAGACCAUAUUUUGGGAAUGCUUUUGAAUUUCUCUAAAAAUCCAUCUAUGACAAAAGACUUACUCAUUGCCAAUGCACCAGCGUCACUGAUUAAUAUCUUUAGCAAGAAAGAGACAAAAGAGAAUAUUCUUAAUGCUCUUUCACUAUUUGAAAAUAUAAAUUAUCAUUUUAAAAGAAGGGCAAAAGUGUUUACGCAGGACAAGUUCAGUAAAAAUUCUCUUUAUUUCAUAUUCCAACGACCUAAAGCAUGUGCCAAGAAACUCCGAGUCUUAGCAGCAGAGUACAGUGACCCUGAGGUGAAAGAAAGAGUUGAGCUAUUAUUAAGUAAACUCUGAUUAGUUGUAUGUUCCCAAACAAAUCUGAGUAAUAUUUUGGUUUUGCAGUCUGGAAGUAAUGCAUAUUGUAAAUUGCAUUACAACUUUGAAACUGAUGUUACUUGUGAUGGUCUGUAGCUGGAUCACUUUAUGAACACCAAAUGUACUGGAAAUACAUGUGUUGAUUAUUACCUUGUCUGGAUUGAGAUAUUUUUAGUAUGCUUCAUGAGCAGAAACGACCUGAUUCUUCAUAAGUAAGGUAAUUUUUGGUCCUUUGUGUGGA